UCCUGCCCACCUCCCGUGCCUGCUGCUGUCAGUUGGCCAAUGACGUUACCCGCAGGUGGGGCGGGGCUUAGCUUUGAAUUGGCGCGGGGCACGGAGCGGUGAAGGGGACAGUCGGAGAGCGCGGAGUCGCGCGAUGGGGACGGUGGAACCCGCGGCUGAGGAGAGGGGCGUCGCGCGGGUGAGGCGCAUCGCGGUGCCCCGGCCGCCCUCCAUCGAGGACUUCACCAUUGUGAAGCCUAUCAGCCGGGGCGCCUUCGGGAAGGUCUACCUGGGCCGCAAGGGGGGGAAGCUCUACGCUGUCAAGGUGGUCAAAAAAGCAGACCUGAUAAAUAAAAACAUGGUUCACCAGGUCCAGGCAGAGAGAGAUGCAUUGGCUCUCAGCAAAAGUCCUUUCAUUGUACACUUAUACUACUCACUUCAGUCAGCUAACAAUGUCUACUUGGUGAUGGAAUAUCUUAUUGGUGGAGAUGUCAAAUCUCUUCUCCACAUAUAUGGCUAUUUUGAUGAAGAAAUGGCAGUGAAGUAUAUUUCUGAAGCAGCAUUGGCUCUUGAUUAUCUUCACAGGCAUGGGAUAAUCCACAGGGACCUGAAGCCAGACAACAUGCUAAUUUCUAAUGAGGGCCAUGUUAAAUUGACAGACUUCGGGCUCUCCAGAGUUACUUUGAACAGAGAGAUAAAUAUGAUGGAUAUCCUUACUACACCAUCAAUGGCUAAGCCUAAGCAAGAUUAUUCGCGCACUCCAGGACAAGUGUUGUCUCUCAUCAGCUCUCUGGGUUUUUACACUCCAAUCGGCGGGAAAAUGCAAGGACCUAGUUCAAGUCCCAUGUCUGCUGAUGCUUUGCAACUUUCUCGAGAAUUGGUUUCUCCCAUGUCUGUUGGCCAAAAAGAUUAUACUCCUGUUUCGAAUAAACUAUUGAAGUCAUGUCUUGAUGUUGCUGCCUUAAAUCCUGGGAUGCCAGUGAGGAGUUUAACUCCAACUCUCCUUCAAUCUAGGAAGAGAUUUGGUACCUCCAGUGCCAGUAGCCACUCACGUACGCACAUGUCCAGUAUGGAAUCAGAAUGCUGUAGCAGCCCCAGGUGGGAGAAAGAUGUACAGGAAACUGAAGAUAUACUGUGUUCUGGAACAGGCAAAGGAAGUAAUAAUGCAUCAGAAAAGCUUUCUACUACACAAUUACUGAAUGCAAAAGACAUUACAGCCUUAAAGAAGAAGGAACUUGAGUUUGCCAUCUCUCCCAUUGGUAGCAAUGACUCUGGCUGCAGGCAUGAUGCAAAAAUUGAGCAUUUUGAUGGAGGGGACACUCCUGUGACUGCAUCAGAUGUGAAAGAUCUAGUCAGAAAAUGUCUUUCUGAAAAUAAGGCUUGGGAAGAAAAACUUGUUGUGGAAAGAACUGGUGUGGCUAAUGAGACAGGAAAAUCUUCCAAUCGCCAGCAGUCAUGCACAUGGUUGGUUGACCCUUCCAAAUGCAUCAAAGAGGAGGACAUUCUUGAAAAGCCAGGUGUAAAAAGAAGCUUUGAACUAGUUGACACUAGUCCUUUUCAAGAACUUAACUAUGUCAAAAAAAGCAAUGCAGAAUAUAAACGCGGCUGUCAAAUCUCAGAAUUUCAGGCAAACCAAAGCACAGGUUUAACAACGGAAAUCCAGUGUUUAAUGCUUUCUGGUGGUGGAGGUCUACAGGAGACCCAUAAAAAUGAAGAAAAAGCUAAGGACUCCAUCUAUAGGAAGCAAACAUCAGAAAAGUCAGCCACUCCAAUAAUAGCUAAGAAUCUUAUGCAUGAGCUAAAUGCAGAUUGUGAAAAAGAAAGUAAAAAGGAAUAUAUUAACUCUAGUUUCUUAUGCAUUGAUGAUGAAAAACCUCUUGGAAUCUUGAGUGCAGACUCUGAUUUAUCCCUCCCUGAGAUGUCUGUUACAGAGAGCCAUUUAGAAAAGCAGCUUUCAGACCUGGAUAAGAGUAUUAAAGAACUUUCCUUUGAGGAGUCAAAAACUGAGGACAUGUCAGUAAUGUCGUCCUGUUGUAAAGAUGCCUCACCAAGAGGUGAGGAAGAGAAUAUUGUCCAGGACAGCAAGCCUUUGUGCCAUGAACAGGAUAAUGUCCUGAAAUGUUUGGUUGAAACUCAUACUGACAUAAUCUCUUCUCCGUCAGAGGAGAUGAUGAAAACAUUGAACCUCCUUAAAAAAAAUGUUGUAGCUUUUCGAAGUUAUAACAGUCCAAUUAAUGUGUCCAAUGCAUCUGAGCCAUCAAGAAUUAGCCUGGCUUCUUUAGAUGUGAUGGAUCUCUCUCCUGCUUGUAGUGGCUCUUACCCCAUGGCUAUUACCCCAGCACAAAAGGGAAGAUCUUAUAGGGUUUAUCAGACACCUAAUCAGGGAAAUGCUGACACACCAUAUAGGACUCCAAAGAGUGUAAGAAGAGGGGCUGCCCCAGUGGAAGGUGAACGCAUUUUAGGAACCCCAGACUACCUGGCACCUGAGUUGCUAUUAGCAAAGCCUCAUGUUCAAGAACCACCACAGGGCUGAGAAGGCAGCAUGGAGGCUGGUGCCAUCGUUGGCACCAUGCAAGAGGCAUCAGCGUAAGAUGAUUUCCACGAACUGCAGGGACAAGAGGACCCGGUUCCACUAAGAGCAUCUUCCCCUGACGAGGCAGUGGUGGGCUCAUCUGCCGCAUUGCCAUCUAUGGACAACAGAGCCCACCAGGAACUACUCAGGAGAGUGGCUCAGAACUUGGGCCUCCAGGCAGAGGUGGUGUCGGAGGAAAUGGACCCUAUGGUGGAUAUCCUGACCCCUGAAGGUCCUUCAGUGAUGGCCUUUACCCCUGAUUAAGACCAUCCAAAACUCCACCAAUACUCAAUGGCAGACACCCACCUCUCCGUCUCUCCCCGUCCCAGCCAAAGAGGUUGAAAGAGAGUACUUUGUAUCUGAGGGGUAUGGAUACCUAUUUACUCCCCCUCAGCCGGACACAUUAGUUGUGGCGGCCGCAAAUAAAAAAAAGAGGUCAGGGCAGUAGGGACCAACGCCCAAAUGUAAAGAUGCAAAGAAGCUGGAUAUCUUCAGCCAUAAGGUCUAUUCUACUGAGGGCUCCAACUUCGCAUUGCAAAUCAGCAAGCGGUCCUCAUCCGCUACCAUUUUAAUUUUUGGAACAUUCUGACCAAGUUUAAAGAGUUGCUUCCAACUGAUUCGAGGUCAGAGUUCAGGGACAUCCUCGACGAGGGCAAGGUCCUAGCAAGAACCUCUUUGCAAGCCUCUCUAGACUCAGUGAACUCAGCAACUUGUACUAUGUUAAUUGCAGGCGUUGGGCCUCCUGCACAAGGUCCAGAAAACAAUUCAGGACUUGCCCUUCAAAGGAUCAGGGUUGCUCUCGGAGCAAACGGACUCCAAGCUCCAAAGUCUCAAAGACUUGUGAGCAACGCUAAAAUCUUUGUGGCUUCAUACAUCCACAAAGGAAAUGUUUCAGACUGCAACCUCCCCCACACUUCUAUCUUGCUCAUCAUAGGCAGAAUUACAGCAGGAAGUGUGGCAGGAAUAAUAGGCAAAGGCCACCUCAGCCCUUUUCUAACCAAGACCAGGGCUUGGUGAUGCAGUUUUUGGCCCCCAAGCAAAACUUUUGAAGGUGCACCAGACCAGAUCCCGGAUCCUUCCCCCUGUUUUGUGAACCAUCUGUCCCAUUUCUACCUGGGCCUGCAUCACCUCAGAGCAAUGGGUCUUGCGCAUGGUAGAAUUGGAUAGUCUCUUCAAUUCUGAUCCCUUCCUCCCUCCCAACCCCCCUUCUCCAUCCCUCUUCAGCGACCCUUCUCACUAGUAUCUUCUUAUAUGGGAGGCACAAAUGCUCCUAGAAGUCGGAGUGGUAAAGGAGGUUCCUCAGGAGUUCGUGGUUAAGGGGUUUUAAUCACGGUAUUUCCUAAUCCCAAAAGCCAAGGGUGGUCUCCAGCCUAUUUUAGACCUGCAAGACCUCAACAGAUUCAUGAAGAAGUUGAAGUUCUGCAUGGUCUCCCUGACUUCCAUUAUCCCUUCCCUUCAUCCAGCCGAUUAGGACACCACCCUCAAUUUGAAGGAUGCAUACUUUCACGUGUCCAUAGUCCUGUUCCACAGGCAGUUCCUCCAGUUCGUGGUCAACAACACUCAUCAUCAGUUUACGGUUCUCCCCUUUGGCCUAUUGGUGGCCCCUUGCAUGUUCACCAAGUGCAUGUCGGUCGUAGCUGCCUUCCUGAGGAGGUGACAGUACAAGUAUUCCCAUACCUAGAUGACUCGCUAAUCAAGGGCCAUACUAGGGGUCAGGUGGAGGAGCACGUGAGCCUGAUAAAGUUGACUUUUGACAGGCUCGGCCUAAUACUGAAUGUGACAAAGUCAACUCUAACCCUCUUGGAGGAUAGAGUUCAUGCAAGCUCUUCUAGACUCCGGUAAAGCCAACGCAUUCCUCCUGGAAUCGCAUUUUCUGGCACUGGGUGCCAUCAUAAAGGACUUAAGAUGAUACCCCACUGCCCUGGUGCGAAAUUGCCUGAAGUUGCUCAGUCAUAUGGCCGCUUGUAUGCGUGUAGUACAGCAUGCGAGACUACAGCUCUGGCCUCUUCAGGCCUGGCUCGCUUCAGUGUACAGACCAAACAGAGACCACCUAGAAAAGAUAAUCACACUUCCUCCAUUAGUUAUCGAGUCCCUCCUAUGGUGGCUCAACUCACAAGUAGUGUCCAUAGGAGUACCCUUUUCCAGGCCCUAACUCUCGCCGUGUCUAGUCACGGAUGAGUCAGCAAUGGGAUGGGGGGGGGGCACACCUAGGGAGACUCAGGACUCAAGGCCUCUGAUCCCAAACAGAAGUUUAGCUGCACAUCAACAUCAGGGAGCUAAGAGCAGUUCGCCUUGCUUGCCAGAGGCUCCAAACCCAUCUGGAGGGCAGAUGUGUGUCAGUAUUGACCAACAAUACAAAAAUGAUGUUUUAUAUAAACAGACAGGGUGCUCACUCCUUUCCUCUAUGCACCUGGCCACCAUCUUGGCUUUCCAUCCAGGUUCAGCUGGCUGAUCAGUUUUUGCUAACCCCAUGGUCGGCCGCUUCUUCAAAGGACUGGAUAGACUGUACCCUCAAGUAAGGCAACCGAUGCCCAUGUGGGAUCUCAACCUAGUGCUAUUAAAACUGAUGGGGCCUCCCUUUGAGUUCCUAACAACAUGCUCACUCCUUUACCUUUCCUGGAAAAUAGUGUUCCUGGUGGCUAUCACUUCAGCCAGGAGAGGGUCUGAGCUUAAGACCCUGACUUCUGAGCCUCCAUAUACUGUCUUCUAUAAGGACAAGGUGCAGUUACGACUCCACCUGACCUUUCUCUCAAAGGUGGUUUCCCAAUUCCAUGCAAACCAGGACAUAUUUUUCCCAGUUUUCUUUCCUAAACUUCACGCCAGCAACCGGGAGCGAAUGCUUCACGCCCUGGAUGUCAGGCGAGUACUAGCCUUUUACAUUGAAAGAGUGAAGACAUUUUGAAAAUCAACACAACUCUUCGUUACAAUUGUGGAGUGGAUUAAGGGACUUCCAGCGUCGUCCCAAAGAAUUUCUACAUAGAUCACGGCUUGUAUCAGGGCAUGCUACGACCCAGCAAAGAUCCCUGUCCCUUCACUGACAGCAUACUCCACAAGGGCACAAGCAUCCUUGGCAGCGUUCCUAGCGCAGGUUCCCAUUAAAGACAUCUGCAGGGCAGCAACGUGGUCGUCAUUCCACACCUUUACGUCGCAUUACUCCAUUACACAGCGGGCUAGAGACGAUGCUGCAUUUGGCAGAGUGGUGCUGCAGUCUGCGACUCGCUGAACUCUGACCCCCUCCUCCUAGGAGAUGCUUGGGAGUCACCUACUUGAAAUUGACAUGAGAAGCACUCAAAGAAAAAUGGGUACCUACCUUCUUCUAACUGUUCUUCGAAAUGUGUUGCUCAUGUCCAUUCCAAGACCCACCUGCCUACCUCUCUGUCGGAACAGACUGGCAAGAAGGAACUGAAGAGGCGGUGGGUUGGCAGGGACCUAUAUACACCACUAUGAAGGCACGAUUCCAGGGGGCUCCACAGCCAACCCAACAGGUACCUCUAGGGCAGGGGGUCUCAAACGCAAAUGACCACGAGGGCCACAUGAGGACGAGUACAUUGGCCCGGUGGCCGCACCACUGACCACCCCCCAACCGGUUCCCUGGCCCCAUCCCCACUCCACCCCUUCCGUGAGGCCCCAUCCCUUCCCCGCCUCUUCCCACCCCUUCCCUGAAAUCCCCAUUCCAACCCCUUCCCUGAAAUUCCCACCCCAACUCUGCCCCCGGGAGGGGUGCGGCAGGGGAUCGGGGUACAGACGGGGUGCGGCAGGCGGCUCAGGGUAAGAGUUUGGGGUGCAGGGUGUGUCCGGGGUGUGGCAGGGGGCUCAGGGCAGGGUGUUGGGGUGCAGGAGGGGUGUGGAGUGUGGCAGGGGGCUCAGGGCACGGGGGUCGGUUGCAGGAGGGAUGUGGGGUGCAGCAGGGGGCUCCGGGCACGGGGGUCGGCUGCAGGAGGGGUUCAGGGGGUGGGUCCAGCCCUGCGUGCACCGGGGGAAGGGCAGGCUCCCUGCCUGGCCGCCUGCCCGCUCUGCCCAGCGCGCACCAGGGGCAGGGCAGGUGCCCUGCUCUGCUCUGCUCUGCUCUGCUCUGCUCUGCUCCCACACCGCUCCGGGAAGUGGCUGGGACCUGGGUUGGGGGGCACAGGGGUCUGUGUGUUGCCCUGGCCGCUCCUCCAGGUACCUCCCCAGAAGCUCCCAAGCUCCGGACCGGAGCCGCUCUUGGUAAAUGCUGGGGGGGGGGCGGGGGUGCCGCGGGAAGCUGGCAGGCUGCAGAAAAUAACCCCGCGGGCCACGUGUUUGAGACCCCUGCUCUAGGGGAAAAACCUUCCAAUGCCUGUGCAUGCGGCGCACACACACCUACUUGGAAUGGACCCGAGCAACACAUCUCAAAGAACAACAGUUAUGAGAAGGUAGGUAACCUUUUUUUUUUUUUUUUUUUGCUCCUCUCCAAAUUUCCUAAAGCGUAUUUAGGUUAACUCUUUUAAAAAACAGUGUUUGUAGUUAGUGACUUAAAAAAGUACCACGGUAUAUUAAAGCAAUGAGCAAGAAUUAAAAUACUUCUCCAGUGUCAAACAUAAUUGAUAAUAUUUAAAUGAAUGUGUACAAUAAUAAAUAAUUUAUUGCAAUAAUCUUACUAUGGUUAACUAAUUGUUUUUUUUA